AGAAGAAAACGCGAGCCGAUACCAAUGAAAUUAAACAAAUAACAAGAAAAAAAUAAAAAACAAGAAAAACACAAAACAAUAAAGAAGGAAACAAGAACAAAGUGCUAAUAAUAAAAAUUAAAGAAAAAAAAAAUAAACAGCAAAACAAAACAAAAACCGAAACAAACUAAUUACUUUUAGAAUUUCUCUUCGAUUAAAAGCAAAACGCAAACACACACACGCGCGCACUCACACUCUCACCUGCCCAAUGCAGAAAUUGCAAUGCAACGAAUUCUAACAGAAAAAUAACAACAAUAACAAUCUAACGAUAAUUUUAGUGUCAUUUUAUUUUUUUGAACAAAAACGACAUUUGAAAAAAGAAAGAAAUAAAAAAAUCACAUUUUAUAAAUUUUACAAAAAGACAGAGAGAGAGACAACAAUGUCAAGGAUAAAUUCCAAAAGAUCGCUCACCGGGCGAUCCUUAAACCACACAAGGCGGCCGUUUCCAGAAAUUGUCCUGCUUUUGGCUCUUGUGGCCUUAGUGCCGUUAUCACAUGGAUUUAGAAUGACCAGUGGAGAAGGCCGUAAACUCUUCGGUGGCUAUCGCAUUACACCGAAACAGUGCCGGGCAACUAAAACUCUGCCCAGCUCCGAUCCCAGGGCCAGCGGACCAACGAUAUGUAUGUUCAACCACGAGUGUGCCCAGCGCAAUGGCGAAGUGGUGGGAGCGUGUAUGGAUGGGUUCCUUUUCGGUGCCUGCUGUCAAGUACCGAAGACACAAAAGCCCGAAAGUACGCUCAUCAAUGAUGCGCAGAACGCCUACUUCCAGCAGUAUCAACAGAAUAAGCUGCAGCAACAGGAAACCGAAACAAACAAAAUCGUUUCCCAGGCCUAUGAAAACUUUGCCGAAAACUCCGCCCAUUCACAGGAGAAUGCCUAUGGCUCGGCCAAUGUUAAUGGCGAAUAUCAAAACAAUAACGACCAACAAUUGCUACAGGACACCUUGGAACUGACAAGCAGUACAGCCAAUGCCGAUACGUCCACGGAAAAUUCCCAAGCAAGUUCCAGUACCGAAGCCGACUACAGUGGCCAGUCAAGUACCGAGAAUCAAAGUGAUUCAUCGCAGGAACCACCCACGAACGAACCCUCGAAAAUGUCCUCAUCAGCAAGUCCUCAGGCCCCACAAAACGACGAUUUUGUAAUGGAAGCCCUAAACACCAUACCGCCGGAGAAUGAAGAGGACAACCAACAGUUAUCGUUCACCACAGAAAUACCUACGAAAAUUGUAAACAGAUUAACCGAACACGUGAGCUCGGAGUCCGAGUCGUUUGAGGAGAGCCACGCAAGCCCGGCCACAGAGUCAUCUCAGACUGUAGAACAUGUAUCCGUAAAUGGAAAUACCCAAACACAUCACAAGGAUGCCCUUUAUAACUCAGGAACCUUCAGCCACAGUGAUAUAACUCAUCCCGGAGCCGAUGCAGUUCUAGUCGACAAUGAUUUGCAAUUCUCCACCGGCUAUGGUCCUCAGCCAGUCUUCGUACCGGCCCCUGAUGCCAGCGAAAAGAAACCAAGUGCCAGCAACUCAUACGACACCACCACAACUACAUCGUCGUCUAUCACAACGCAUGUCGACUCCAUUGAGACCAUCAUUCAACAGUUGAACAACAGCAGUCAUGGCCCCACAUACAACGUCAUUAGUCCGCAAUCCUCCACAUUUGCCUAUGAAAUCGUCAAUGCCACAAAUGCUCCAGCACUGGACUACAAUCAGGAACAGACUACGCUGUACCAGGGCGAAGCUGAGGCUGAGCACAACGAAAAGCAAACGGCCACCCCGCUGUAUGGCUCGUCGACCUCCGAAGAUUCUACGACCAAAACGACCACCACUACCAAUGGCCACUAUGCGGACGAAUUGACUUUGGAAGACCACACCAUGCCGGAGACUAACUACAAUGACCAGCUGGCUUCCAAUCACCACACCUCUGACUUCAACAAAAUGCCCGCCAUGGGCAUUGCCUAUCCCGUCGAUAUGUCGCACAUGGAAGAAGACAACUUGAGUGACCAUAGAAUCGCUGCAAGCAAUUCAUACUCAACACAGCAGCAGCCACAACAGCAACAGCAAGAAUAUCAAGGCCAAAUCAUUACCAAAAAACCCCAUCCGGUGGCUACUUAUAUUGGAGUCGUGACAUCUCAAACUUAUGGACAACCCCAGCCGCAGGUACCGCACGAAGUUAUCGUCUCUUCGCACACCACCAAGGUGGAAGGAAACAUUGAUUCCUCCGUGGAAUACAAGCCGAUUACCAUGACCACAAACAAACUUACCACAGCAAUGUAUCAAUCGAGCACCACGACUUUGAAACCGGCCAAAACCCGUCCCAAUUUAGUGACCAAGAGACCCUCAAACAAGAAACCAACUACCAAGGCGCCCAUCAAUAGAAUAGCCGCCAGCACCACCAGCUCCUAUCUGACAACGCCUGUCGAGACAAAGGCCCCAGAGCCCCAAUAUCAGCAGCCAAGCAACCAAAAUUACGGUCCACCAUCCAACAACUACUACCAGGAUAAACAGCCUGCAGUCACAACACAGAAGCCCAUAAGAAAACCAGUCGAAGCCAAACCACAAAACAAUCAGAACUAUAAUCCUUCAUCCAUCGCCAACACCAACAACAACAAAAAUAGCUACUAUCAAGAAAACACCUACACCGCAGAAUCGUCACCUAAGCCUAUUGUCACCCGUAAGCCGACAAAGAAACACACCUCCAAGCCGGUCUCCACAAGCUAUGUGACAGGACCAACGUCACCGCGACCCACCUCCACAUUGGACUUUGGCUACGAUGGCCAACAUCAAGUCAUUGCAACAGACGACAAACUGGACUCAUUUGUUCACAGCACGGCCGAGAGCUUGGCCUCUGCUGCUGCUGCCAACACUCAGGAAUCGCCACUGUACGACAAUUCUGUUGCCGAUAGUCCUGUGCCCAUCCUCAGACCUCAACCUCAAUACAAUACGCACAAGAAACCCGCCUUCGUUCAAAAACCAAUAACACAGAGACCCCCUUCGCCAACUGUGCUCAUAACACCCAAGCCCAGCAAGCUGAACACUGUGGCCAGCAGCCAUUAUCCUGUCUUCCAAUAUACCACUCCGACUACACCAUUAGCCGAUUAUUCCAGCACAUCGUAUCUCAGCAAUCAUCAGGUCACGAGACAACCUGGAGCCGUAGAAAAUGCUGGAGCUGGUGCAGAGUAUGUGGGCCUUACAACGGUCAACUCGAACGACUUUGAUGAUCCCGGCUAUUACGGCACACCCGACCACGCCCAACCCCCUCAGCCCUUGUCAAGCGUUUUCAUACAAUCAUCCACCGAAAAUGUCUAUCCCCCGCCCUCAGAUGACAAGCCCGCCUUCCCUGGCUAUUAUGGACCAACGCCCACAUACCCUGCUUUCCCCGUCCCCGGGGAGAAGGUGGGUGCCGCAAUUGAGGAAGAGACAUAUACAUCGCCCAAUGACUUUGUCAACUUCCCACCUGUCAGAAAUCCCAACCUCAAUAUGUCGGCUGCAUCCAGUGCUGUGACCAGCGACUUGGAACUUUCGACGCCAGCCUUUGUCGAAGACACAAUUCUGAAGAACAAAAUGAACACCUUGGUCCACAAAAUCGUCGAGUCGCUGCAAGGCAACUUUGAGGCUCUGGCAGAUAUAAUUGACGAGAGCAACAACACAGCGCCCGUCCUCACCUACCAAGCGUCGUCCCCAACAGCGUCAACGGUUACCAAGAAACCAGCCACGCGUAAACCCGUUAAAGCAACCACCGUUAAGACGAAAGUCACAACCAAGAAGCCAGCAACUACCAAGGCUCCCGUUAAGAAGACGGCAACCACAAGGAAACCCGAGGUAACCACGAAAAAGCCUGUGGUAAGGCGUACCACUACCACCACCCGCAAGCCCACAACAAGGAAGCCGGUGCGCAAGGCGACUACCACUACCAAGGCACCGCUGGAGGAUGAAAUCGUCGACGAGGAAGAUGAGGAAGACGUCAAUCCCAGCGACAACGAAAUACCCGAGGAAGAUGAUGCCCAGUCGGGACCAGGUGUCGGAGGUCGUAAAAUACAAUGCGGAGUCCGACCACACAUCAAGUCCGGCAGAAUUGUCGGUGGUAAGGGCGCCACAUUCGGAGCUUAUCCCUGGCAAGUUCUGGUCAGAGAAUCGACCUGGCUGGGGCUAUUCACCAAAAACAAGUGUGGUGGAGUCCUCAUUACCAAUCGUUAUGUAAUAACAGCCGCCCAUUGCCAACCCGGUUUCUUAGCUUCCUUAGUUGCGGUCAUGGGAGAAUUCGACAUCUCUGGAGACUUGGAGAGCAAGCGAGCCGUCACGAAAAAUGUCAAGCGAGUAAUAGUUCACCGUCAGUACGAUCCAGCCACAUUUGAGAAUGACAUCGCCCUGUUGGAACUGGAGAGUCCGGUGCAAUUCGAUACCCAUAUAGUGCCAAUUUGUAUGCCUCCCGAUAAUGCUGAUUUCACCGGUCGCAUGGCCACCGUAACGGGUUGGGGUCGCUUGAAAUAUGGCGGUGGUGUACCCUCAGUUCUGCAGGAAGUUCAAGUACCCGUUAUAGAGAACAGCGUGUGUCAAGAAAUGUUUAAUACAGGCGGACAUAAUAAGAAAAUUCUGAACUCGUUCCUGUGCGCUGGCUAUGCCACCGGCUUAAAGGAUUCAUGUGAAGGUGACAGUGGCGGUCCAUUGGUAUUGCAACGUCCCGAUGGCCGUUAUGAAUUGGCCGGCACGGUUUCGCAUGGCAUUAAAUGUGCUGCACCCUAUCUUCCCGGUGUCUAUAUGCGCACCACAUUCUACAAACCCUGGUUGAGAAGUAUAACUGGAGUGAAAUAAGAGUUUGAACGCAAAUCCAAAGCCCUAUUUCCGCAUCCUUCCCUCUUCGCACACACAAAGCAUCGCAUCAUCCUGUCCAUAUGCAAAAUCCAACAACGAAAACAAAACAACGAUUACUUUUUAAGGUGUUUGGUUUGCAAUGAAUGAGGAAUUCAUUGAUCAAUAAAUGGGGCCUCUGUGUAACCUGAAAGGCAUCUCCGUACUCGUCGUAUUUAGUAUAUAAGUAGUCCACAUUUAUUUGUGUGCAAAUCUGAAGCAGUUUGCAUAGUGCAUGUAUUUAUUUAUUUAUUUAUUAUUAUUUAAUUAACUUAUUUAUUUAUACUUUUAUUUAUUAAAUUUGUCUAUUUAUUUUCGAACGGACAACCAGACUGACGACGCCGACAGCAGUUUAUUUAUUACAUUAGUUAAAUUAUUGUUUAUAGCAUAGUUAAUUUAUUUUAGUUGAUUCAAUAAGGCAUUUAUCAUUACAUCCCCAUGUGAUAUAUAAUCUCGUAUGUGUUUAGCAGAAUUUGGAGAUCAACAAAAACAUCAAAUCACGACAGCAUACGACCUAUAUGUCGCACAUUUUAUCAUUACAUAUGAUAAUAUUAUGAAAUAUGAAAGAAACCCCAUUUAGAAACAAGAUUAAAUAAAAACAAAUUGUA